UGGAAUUAUAACAGAGGCAGAUUUGCAAAAUUACGAAGUACGGUGGGAAGACUCUGUGAAAGUAAAUUUCGAACAAGGUUACACCUUGUAUACCACUCCUUUGCCAACAAGUGGUGCUGUGCUAGCUUUCAUACUUAAGGUAAUGGAACCGAUGUAUGCUGAAAAUGAAACAGUAUUUUGGCAUAGGCUGGUUGAGACUUUCAAACAUGCAUACGGCCAUCGAACUUCUCUGGGAGAUAUACACUAUGAGCCAGGUGUAGCAGAAACCUAUAACAAUUUGCUUAGCUCCAGUUUUGCGGCCGAAACCCGUAAGCUUAUCUCGGACGAUCGAACCUACACAGAUUUCGGUCAUUACGGUGCAAAUUUUACAAAUGAAAACGACAAAGGAACUGCAAAUAUUGCAGUACUAGCACCGAAUGGAGACGCAAUUGCGGUAACCAGUACAGUAAACAGCCAGUGA